AUGGCGAAGAAAGCCAAGGGGGUGAUUCAUCUCGUAGACGUAGACGCGAGCAUCGGCCACGUCCUAAUCCACUUUCUGCACACAGGCGUCUACCAGACUCUUAAUGAAGAGGGAAGCGAGAAUGUCGAUAACAGUGUCGUCCGCAAUGAGUUCCAAAAAGCUGUGCUUACUCUCGAAGCCGCUAAGAAGUACGGCGUGCCUGGCCUUCAGGAAUUAGCCCAGUGCGCUAUCCGAGAGACAUUUGUUGCAGGGCCUCCCGAUGAACAUGCGUGGCUUCGGGACUACGUAUCAAAGAAAUUCCGAUGCACCUUUGAACAAGACCUUCCCGCACCAUCUGCACUGGACUUCUUCGAAAGCAUCGAAAGUCCUACGCUGACAAAGCUACUGGCUCAAAUAAUCGUUGGUCUGUACAGCGAGGAAGUAGAAAAGCUGCGCAAAGAGAUGACCGCAACUCGCAAAAUCUCAACACCAGAACGAGAUGGGACUCCAGGAUUCUGUUCACCUUAUCUACCAAACUCGCCUCCCAAGCGCAUCGCCGUGAUUUCUAACGCGUGGCCUGUGUCUGUAGAGAAAUUUGGAGCUUUCGAUGACUCGUCGGCUGCUUGGGAUCCUCAUAAUCUAGGCCAGAAUCAGAACAGCGUAUCGGAGGCUAGUACAGUUACAGUCUCGAUUCCAUGCAACCAGGAGGAGAGAAAAGAAGAGAUGCUGCACACCGUCGAAGAACACGCAGAAGCCAGCGCGGUACCUGGAACUCCUGAGGUAGAGGCGGAUCCGUAUGCGGGGCUCAGUAAGUCACAGACGAAGAAAUUGAAGGCUAAGUUGGAUAAGGAGGCAAAGUUGAAGAAAGAGGAGAACAUAAAGCGCCAGAUAGAAUGGGAGGCUGUCGAAAUCCUGCGACAAGAAGAAGACGCAGAACGGAUACGCCUAGAAGCGGAGUUGAAGAAGAUAGAGGAUGAAGAAGCCGCUGCUGUUGCUACCAAAGCAGAGGAGUGCAAGAAGGAGGAUGACGACAUCUGGGGUGACAGGAGUGGUGCAGUUUCGACCGUUACGAAGAAGAAGAAGGGCAAGAAAGCAGAGCAUAUACGUCUAGAAGAGCAAGAGGCAGAGCUUAUACUUCUAGAAGAGACGCAGGCAGAGUGUAUACGUCUAGAAGAAGAGGGACGUAUGCGCAUAGAAGAAGAAGAACGUAGGCGCAUGGAAGAAGAAGAAGCUGCCGCCACUAUUGCUGAAGCCGAGGAAGCUGAGUUGAAGAAAAGGGAGGAAGAGGAAGCCGCGUCAAAGCCCGCAGACUGGGGCGCUAGCAUUUGGGGUGAAGGAAAGAAGAAGAAGAAGAAGGAGACCACCAAAGAUAGGAGACUCCGUGAGAGGAAAGAGGAGGAAGAGCGUUUGGCCGCUGCCGCUGCUGAAGCCGAGGAAGCUGAGUUGAAGAAGGUGGAAGAAGACGAAGCUACCGCCGCUGCUACUGAAGCUGGUGUAAACGCCUUCGACGUAACGACCGAAAAGGGCGCUACAUCUAAUGACGAUGACUGUGAACUACGCUUGGAGCAUCUGUCUCGCGAUGAUGGAUGGAAGAACUGUAAGCCAUGCGAGCUCUACAUGCGGGAUAUUGCUAUCAAGCUUCAUUUAGUCGGGCUACCGAACGUAAAUGGCUUCAGUACAAUCAAUUGA